AUGAUGUCGCACCUGGUCUCCGCGGUAAAUGCUGUGCUGUUUCUGUUCUGUUUGCUCCUGGUGCCACGUAACUCUUUGGCGACGGGCGAGAACUCCCCUUCCGCGGAUGAAAUUUAUCACCAGUUUGCCUAUCCCGAAAAGCUUCAUGCGAAACAACCAGCAACACCUGUUCUAUUAUUUCUCAUUGAUAGUUUAAGAUGGGAUAUUUUUGAGCGAUAUCGAAGGCAUACCAACCAGGAACUGCCAGGAUUCUCGAAGUUAAAAGCUGUCGGUGGUCAUGUUGAGCGUGUCGCGCCUGUUUUCCCAGCGGAAUGUUACCCGAACCUUUUGUCCAUCAUAACAGGAAAGUAUCCCGAAGAGCACCGCUUGCUAUUCACGACUAUGUAUGAUGAGUCUCAGAAUCGCUCAUUCACCUUUGAUGGUCGGUCACACCAUCAGUCACAAGCUGACCGAAUUGCUUUGGGUGAUCUUUGGAAUCCUGAAGAUCAGGUGAGUUGCUUUCAUCGGAAACGGAUUCUAUCAAUCAUCAUUGAUCUUUAUUGA